AUGGACUCGGUCAUGGCCGCCGCCCCCGACUCGCCGCCGCAGACUGUCGUGCUCGUCUCCGCCGGCGCCAGCCACUCCGUCGCGCUCCUCACGGGCAAUGUCCUGUGCUCGUGGGGCAGGGGCGAGGACGGGCAACUCGGCCACGGCGACGCGGAGGACCGGCUCGUGCCCACCGUGCUCAGCGGCUUCGACGCGCCCGGGAUCACGUCGGUCAUCUGCGGCGCCGACCACACCACCGCCUACUCCGAGGACGAGCUGCAGGUCUACAGCUGGGGCUGGGGAGACUUCGGGAGGCUGGGGCAUGGCAACUCCAGCGACGUCUUCACGCCACAGCCGGUCAAGGCGCUGCAGGGGCUCAAGAUCAAGCAGAUUGCCUGCGGGGACAGCCAUUGUCUUGCCGUCACCAUGGCCGGAGAAGUGCAGAGUUGGGGCCGUAACCAAAACGGACAGCUGGGUCUUGGAACCACUGAAGACUCGCUGCUUCCACAAAAGAUUCAGGCUUUUGAGGGUGUUUGUGUGAAAAUGAUUGCUGCUGGCGCUGAACAUACUGCUGCAGUAACUGAAGAUGGUGACCUCUAUGGAUGGGGUUGGGGUCGAUAUGGAAACUUAGGUCUUGGUGACCGUAAUGAUCGUUUGCUUCCUGAAAAAGUAUCUUCUGUGGAGGGUGAGAAGAUGGUGCUUGUGGCAUGUGGAUGGCGCCAUACAAUUACUGUGUCCGACUCUGGUAAUCUGUACACUUAUGGUUGGAGCAAAUAUGGUCAACUGGGACAUGGUGAUUUUGAAGAUCAUUUAGUUCCACAUAAACUAGAAGCUUUGAAAGAUAGCACUAUAUCCCAGAUUUCAGGCGGUUGGAGGCAUACGAUGGCACUUACAUCAGAGGGAAAGCUUUACGGAUGGGGAUGGAACAAGUUUGGACAAGUUGGAGUCGGCAACAAUGAUGAUCACUGCUCCCCAGUACAAGUUCAUUUUCCAGAGGAUCAGAAAAUUUCCCAAGUUGCAUGCGGAUGGAGGCAUACACUUGCCCUUUCCGAGAAGAAAAAUGUUUUCUCCUGGGGAAGGGGUACUAGCGGACAGCUCGGCAAUGGUGAAAUAGUUGACAGGAGUACACCUGUGCUGAUUGAUGCCUUAAGCACUGACGGUUCUGGCUGCAAGAAGUUGGAGUCAUCAACGGCAGCCCCAUUUGCAGCCAAAGUUUGGGUAUCGCCAUCAGAAAGAUAUGCCAUAGUUCCUGACGAAAAUGUUCCUAAAGCAGGCGAAGGCACAGCACGAGGCAACGGCGCUGACGCGAAUGUACCAGAGAACGACGUGAAGAGAAUGCGCGUGCAGUCGUAG